CAGGUGGUUAUGACGACAGAGUCUUGGAGAACGUGGAACACUAUCAAGAAUUGAAAGAAAUGGUCCAGCAGUCUGACCUUGGCCAGUAUGUGACCUUCCUCCAGUCUUUCUCAGACAAACAGAAAAUCUUACUCCUCCAUGGCUGCAUGUGUGUGCUUUACACACCGAGCAAUGAACACUUUGGCAUUGUCCCUCUGGAGGCCACGUACAUGCAGUUCCCAGUCAUCGCUGUAAAUUCAGGUGGGCCCUUGGAGUCCACUGUCCAAGGUGUCACAGAGUUUCUGUGUGAGCCUGACCCCGUGAACUUCUCAGAAGCAAUAGAGAAGUUCGUCCAUGAACCUUCCUUAAAAGCCAAAAUGGGCCUGGCAGGAAGAGCCAGGGUGCAGGAAAAGUUUUCCUCUGAAGGAUUUACAGAACAACUCUACCAGUAUGUCACCAAACUGCUG